AUGGUGCAGCCGGCGGAGAUCGUCCCCGUCGGCGACCAGCGGCCACAUUCAGAAGGUGCGACACUGCUCUUCGACGUCCUGUUCAAGCUCGGGGCCGUCGUCGAUUCCGCUCGUACGAAUUCGUACUGGCUCGGCGCGCUGGCCGCCGCACACGAGUGCCAGUCGCGCGACGAAGCCACCGGCAUCGACUAUGACAAGUGCCGCGAGGCAGGAGGCAUGCGGAUCGAGACGCGCGAUCUCCAGGUCAUGUACGACGGUCAGACCAAGCCCGCUGUCCACGGCAUCAACCUGUCCAUCAAGGCGGGCGAGACGCUCGCUCUCGUUGGCUUCAACGGCGCGGGGAAGAGCACUCUGGUCAAGGCGCUCAUGGGGUUGUCGACAAACGCUACCGGGAGCGUCGAGAUAAACGGCACCCCACUUGAGGAGUAUCGCGCCUCGACGCUUCACGCGCGCAUGAGUUGCGUGUUUCAAGACUACAAAAAGUACUACUUUUCGCUGAGGGACAACAUUGGCAUCGGGGACGUGUCCCGCAUCGACGACACGGACGCGCUUCAAGCAGCCAUGGCAUACGGUGGCGCCGGCGCGAUCCUGGAGAAGACGUCACUCAAUACCGUCCUCAACCCGUACGCCAACCUGCACGCACGCCCCGGCGACGGUGGAGGGCAAGAAGGCAUGGGGCUAUCUGGGGGCCAGUGGCUGCGUGUCGCCGUCUCGCGCGCGUUCAUGCGCGCCGCGACGGCCGACUUGGUCAUCUUCGACGAGCCGUCCUCCGCGCUCGACCCUGCCGCCGAAUCGGCGCUCUUCGAUACCAUCUACGACCUCGCUCACCGGGAGGGCGGGACCCGAACCACGACAGUGUUCAUAUCGCAUGGGUUUGGGAAUGUGCGCCGGGCGGAUCAUAUCGCGUUCAUGGCUGGUGGGACAAUCACAGAGUACGGCACGCACGAGGAGCUCAUGGCCCUCGGGGGAGAGUAUGCCCGGCUCUUCACGCUCCAGAGCCGCGGGUAUGUCGGUAACGGCGGGCGCGACGCCGCCGCGAGCGGGGCGGGGGAAAAUUGGUAG